AUGCCGUCUGAGGAGUUUGAGAAGGUUGCUGCCGAAGUCAAGAAUGUGAAGACCAAGCCUUCCGACCAGGAGCUGCUGGACCUGUACUCGCUGUACAAACAGACGACCGUCGGGGACGUCAACAUCGAGAGGCCCGGGAUGUUCAGUUUCGAGGCCAAGGCGAAGUGGGACGCGUGGAACGGGCGCAAGGGCCUGAAGAAGGAAUAGGCCGAGGCCCAGUACCUAAAGCUGGCGCAAGAGGUCAUAAAAAAAUACGGGCUGAAAUAA